CAGGGGUGAGAUUUGUCCUCAUUAUGGAUGAAGAUAAUCAACAUAUACAUUGUGCAAGCUGUGUCAGCCGCCGCUGUAUGAUGAGGCUGGAGGCUGGUGUGUCAUGUGAUUUAAUCAGCUGCUUGCAUGUAUGUGGUGCAGUCUUUCACUCCUGUAAAGCUGAUGAACAUCAAAUGCUGUGUCCCCUAGAAAGAGUUCCAUGUUUAAACCAAGGGUUUGGUUGUCCUUUUGUAAUGACUCGUAACAAGUUAGCUGAACACUUACAGUACUGUCCUGCAAAUGUGGUAUGUUGUACAAUGGAGUGGAAUAGAUGGCCAGUAAGCUAUGCAGAUAGAACAUCUUAUAAAAACCUCAGCACAGAUGUUGAUAAAGUAGAGCAGCUAGAUCUGGCAUUAGCUUUGCAAGAUCAAAGAAUGCUUUUGGAAUCUCUUAAAGUGGAAACAAUGAUGUCCAAAACAACUGAAAAGCUUCAAUCUCAAGAGCAGAUGCCUGUUAAAGGAGAAAAUGAUCAUCAAAUGGUUACAAAUGCUGCCUCUAAUGAUGAAGAUUCUUAUAGUGCACUUUAUCAAGCAACGCUUGAGACGACAAAAAGUUUAGCUGCAGCUCUGGACAUAUUAAAUAAUGCUACAAGAGAGAUUGGUAUGCUUAAUGGUAGGUUAAGAGAUGCCAGUUCUGAGAUUAACAAAAAUUUUCAGAUUUCUGAGCAAAACGGUGGAUGUGAUAUCUUUAACAAUCAGGCAUUUGUAGAGAAAGAAGAUGCUGAGGCUUCUUAUGGAGUAAUGUGCACUCCCUUGAAACAAUUUAAUCAAAAUGGUUCCAGUGAUUUCUAUCCAAGAAGAAACAGUGAUUUAACGGAAUGUGACGACCCUAAUGUAAAGCAGUCAUCUCUAUUGUGUAACGGUUUCCAUAAUGAUGGAAAGGAUAUGUUUACCGUAGUAUCAAAACAAAAUGCUGAUAUCCCUUUAGAUAGCAGUACAAAACAUGUAAACCACAAUCGUUCCUUCAGGAGUGUGGAGCAGCUCUCAGGUCCACACACCACAAAUGGUUCUGAGGAGCAAAUGGAUAAACAUGGUGAACAGUGGUUCCAAAAUGUUGCGGUCUUUGGGAGAAGCCCAUUUCUUGGUAAUUCAUACUGGUUUAAAGCAAGGACUGAGAACAAGGCAGUGGACACAUCUGAUUUGGAAGUACAAGACGAUCCCAUGGGACUCAAUUGCAUUGAUUUAGUUACAGCUGCUUUUCUAUUCUGUUUAGGGGAGUCACCUGGAGGUAGAGGGAUUUCUGACAAACGAAAUGUGGAUUCCAAUCGUAUUGACUGCGGAACGCAAACCUUUUCAUUUCCAUCUGCAAUAUUAGCUACAAAUACAAUGGUUGGGGAUAUUGCUUCAGCUUGUGCUUGUGACCAUGCUAAUCCUCAGCUUUCCAAUCCUAGUCCUUUCCAGACACUUGGUCUAGACUUGGUUCUCGAAUAUGUUGCAGGAUACCAAGUCAAACAGAGAUCUAUGUUUACAUUUGUAUGUGGACAGCUGUUUAGAAGAGAUGAAUUUUCUUCCCACUUUAAGAAUGUGCAUGCUGAUAUUCACGCAGGUUUAAAUGGAUGGAUGGAGCAAAGAUGUCCGUUGGCAUAUUAUGGAUGUACUUAUUCUCAACGUAGAUUUUGCCCAUUGACGCAAGGAUCAAAAAUAAUUCAUGAUCGACACUUGAAGUCUUUUGGGGUGCAGCCUCACAUACCCAGCAAAAGCCAGUUGAUAAAGAAUUCACCACAAAGCCAAUCUGUGGAUAAUUUCAGUAGUUUGCCUUAUGAAGUUUUGCAGCACAUUGCAGGAUUUCUUGAUGGUUUUACUUUGUGCCAUCUUUCCAGAGUUUCUAGACUAAUGAGAGAUGUUUGUGCAAGUUUGCUGCAGGCUCGUGGAAUUGUUGUUCUGCUAUGGGAAAAGAAACUAUAUCCACAAGGAAGUUCUUGGCAAAUUAAAGAAAAGGUAUGGCGCUUCAGUACAGCAUUCAGCACAGUGAAGGAGUGGAAAUUUGCUGAUGUUGUUAGCAUGGCUGACCAUUUGAAAAAAUGCAGCUACAACACUGUAGAGAGAAGAGAAGACGCUGUUCCCCUUCCAUGUAUGUGUGUGACUCGGGAACUCACUAAAGAAGGACGCUCGCUUCGAUCAGUCUUGAAGCCUGUCUGGUCUUCAGACUAAGCACAAGCACCAACAUUCAAGCACAAUUUUAACCUUUGGUUUUAUUUUUGA